AUGCGAAAACGUCGAUCAACUUUCUGUUUUCUCGUCACUUUAAUAUUUUUAUUUAUUUUGACUGUAAAUGGUGAACAAAGGAUAGCUGAGGGACCUGUUGAGACGACAGUUCUUGUCGGUGCAACUGUCGAAUUGAGAUGUCGAGUGGAAGAUCAGAAAGGAGCCGUUCAAUGGACAAAGAACGAUUUCGGUCUUGGAAUCGACCGGGGACUCAAAUUUUUCCCUCGAUAUCAAAUGGUUGGAAAAGCGACAAAAGGAGAAUACAAUCUACAGAUUGUUAAUAUAACGGUCGAUGACGAUGAUGUGUAUCGUUGCCAAAUUGGCGAAGUUCAAAACGAAAGAACCGUCGUCUCAAAUGCCGCCAAGCUUUCAGUUUUGAAAAAACCAACUUCCCCAACGCAGCUCAAUAAACCAAAGGAUUUGACGAUUCCAGCGAUUGCCGGUGAUUUAAUUCAAAGAAGUUGUGUGAGUAAAAUGGGUAAACCACCGGCAAAAAUCGGUUGGGCAAUCUCGUUCGAUUCAGAAGGGAAAAACAUUUUUUCGUGGUUAGGCGAAUCACGCUCGAAACUGGGACACUUGAUCAAAAACAACGAUUUAUCACCAGAAACGGUGGCUGCAAACAUUACGGACAAUAUUCAAAAAGAUAAUGGAGUGUUUAGUGUGAUUUCGAAUUUGAGUUAUGUACCCCGACCGGAUGAUGACAAGAAAUAUUUGUUGUGUUUGAGUCAUCACGAGACUUUUGGUGAAAAGAUUGAACUUGAUGGAGUGCGUCUUUCCCUUCAAUAUGCCCCUCGAGUCAACCUCACUGUGGCUGCUUCUCAGCAGAAAAUUCGUGAGGGUGGAGGCGCCUUGUUGGCUUGUUCGGUUGAUGCGAAACCGAUAGAUCAGCUUAAAAUUCAAUGGUUUCGAGAAGGUGUCCUGUUGAAGCAUCAAGCUGAUACACUGGCUUUUGAACUGCUCAAGAUGGAAGAUCAUGGAGUUGAGUACAGCUGCGAGGCGAUGAACAAAAUUGGAAAGGGGAAAGCAAGCUUGAAGUUGAACGUCUCAUUUGCCCCUCGAAUCAUCUCAAAUCAACAAGAAAAAGAGGUGAAUGUCGGAGAAGCAGCCACUUUUACUUGUGAAGCUCACGGAAAUCCGAAACCUCAAUUGUAUUGGAGUAAAGCCGGUGAUUCGCAAGUGAUCGGGAAAGGGGAAAGCUUUACGAUCGAAAAUGUGCAAGUUUGGCAACAGGGUGAAUACAUUUGCACAGCGAUUUCUGAUGGAUUCAAACAGGAUAAAAUCGCUAAUUUCUUACAUAUUAGAGGUCCUCCAACAAUUACAUUCGAUCAGCCGGCAAGUGUGAAUCUCGGUGAUACGGUCGUGUUCAGUUGUAAGGUCCGAGGUAGGCCAAAACCUAAAGAAGUCGUUUGGUCUCGUGAUGAAAAUGAUCUCAAUUUUAACAAUGGCAGAAUGCAGGUUCAUCAAAUGCCACAUAUUUAUGGAGUGGAAAGUAAAUUGACAAUUCGGGAUUUGCAAGAGGCAGAUUUUGGAGUGUACAACUGUUCAGCGAAUAAUGGAUUGGGAAUGGAUAGUCAAGGAAUCGUUUUGCACAAGAAGAAUAUACUCGAUUAUGCGAUGCAAUUGUUGGGCAAUGACGAUCUCCUAAUCAUUGCCGCUGUUUCAGCUUCAGUUGUCUUCUUUUGCCUUUUCUUUUUGUGUUGUUGUGCGUGGAGAAAAAGAAGAAGAUUUCAGACAAAAGGAAGCAAAUUUACUGCUUCGGAAUCCGAUGUGACAGUGAAAUGUGAGGCACUCGAUCCACCAUUUUACUCAGAAAUGUACGGAGGACCGAUGGAUGAUGGGAAUCUUUUGUUGUCAAAAGACUACAUUGCUGUACCACAAAACAAUCCGGAUCUCGAUUUGUUAAUGCCAUCAUCUUACGCUCUUUCUUCCUCGAAUAAUUGCCUUUAUCCCAAAUUUAUGAAUGGAUCUACGAUGGAUUACAAUUUUAUGCCAAGCACGAGAUAUGAUACGAGUUAUGGAUCAUUCUCAGGUGGUUCAACUCCGGCAGCUUUAUCGGGUGGGGGACUCUCAGAACUGUAUGGAGGAACUGAUCGACUUCACGCUCCACUUGAGCCAUUACCCGAGGUUGACACUCCAAAAGUCUCGACCUACAGUUUCAUGUGCCCUGAAAGGCCGUUGAGUCGAAGUUCGACUCAUGUU